AUGGGAAUAUUGGGAAAAUUGCUUCCCUCGGUGUCCCUGGUGUCCAUCUGGUGUCUGCUGAUCGUCGAACCCGGCCAGGUUCAGAGGGAACAAGAUCAUCUGGCCUUGUUAUCAGGCACCUUGAAGACCUAUCAGCGCGCAGCCUGUGACGAGGAGUUGAUGACGCUAAAGUGUCCACCUGGUACAACCAUCUCCGUCACCAUCGCCCAAUAUGGGAGAGCUGGGGCGAAUGGCACCGGCAGGUGUAGCUCUCACGAGCCGUCGUCGCUUGCUGGGGACAAACUGAAUGACACUUGCAUCUGGCCUCCGGGUCUACAGUACUCACUGUUGCAGACGGUGGUCGAGGUGUGCCAGAAGAAGAGGCAGUGCAAGUUCAACACCAGUCCAAAGACCUUUCAAGGGGAUCCGUGUCCUGGCCUUCCCAAAUACAUCGAGGUCGCCUACAAAUGCCGUCCUUAUGAGUUCAGGAGUAAGGUUGCUUGCGAGACUGAUGUCAUCAAUCUUGACUGCUAUCCCGGACAAAGGGUUGUCAUUUUCAGCGCGUCGUUCGGCAGAACGGAACACGAGUCACUCCAGUGUCCACAGCCACGCGGAGUGAAGGAAGAAACGUGCAUGGCGUCAUAUGCGACGGAGACCCUGAUGAAUCUGUGCCAUGGAAAACGUCGUUGCACGGUGGUGGCAAACAGUUCGACGUUUGGCGAACCCUGCAGCCCGGAGAGCAGAGCCUAUUUGAGAGUGGUCUACACGUGUG